AUGGCUAUCAGUCAAAGAUUAACGAAAGAUAAUAAUACUUGUCCCGAUGCUGACCUUGGAGCAUUGUGCGAUACCGAUUGCAGAGGAGCUUACAUAGCGUGUAGACAAAACUGCAAUGAUUUGACCUGCGAUAAUGAAUGCGCGAUUGAGUACGUAGAAUGCUUAUCGGACUGCCCGUGCGGGGUUAACUGCCCGAAUGGCUGCGAAGAUUGUGAACAUCCAACGUGUCAACCAAGUCCAUGUGAAAUACCGGAAGAAAAUAAAGAUUUUCUCCGUUGUAAAAACUCAAAUGAAAAGAUGCUCAAUGGCUGUCUUUCAAAUUGUUACUCAUAUGAUUGCUCUGAAAUAUGCACUCAAGAGUUUCUGGAAAAUACGAAAAACUGCCCUUGUAAUCCUGGAUGUCCACAGGGUUGCCCAUUUUGCCCAGAUUAUAACUGCGAGAUUGAUGAUGGUUUUCUGGCAAUGACUUAUUUUUAUUCGUUCAGCGCUCCAUUAGAGGGAAACGUAGAGAGGACCCAAAUAAAUUACCCGAUUGGGAAUCCUUUAUACAUUACUGGUAGUGGUUACGCUUAUCUUCAAGACACGUUCUACAUUUUUGGCGGAGAAUACGAUAGAUAUAUGAUAUCGAAAUUGGAUGGCUAUUUCUAUAAAAUUUUUUUUGCCACUGAAAUCAAAAAUGGAGAAAGCCACUACUACUCCAACAGUGUCGCUGUUUUAUCUGACGAUUCAAAAGUCCUUCUAUGCUUCACAUCAGAUAUUGACUAUAAAAGCUGUAUGUAUUUCGAUGGAAGUUCAGUUGGGUUGGAAUCAUCAAAAACGAACUCUGACCAUAUAUUGGGCUGCAUUGGAAAUUAUCGUGAGGCUAUUAUGGCUUUCGGCUGUGACAGCACAAGUCGUGGAAAGUAUGCUGAGAUAAGAGAUCCAGAAACUGGAGAUUGGUCAUAUACAACAAAUUUUCCAAUAGAUAACAUUUACACCGAAGGUGCUUCUUGCAUAGGAGUUGGCGAUGCAAUGCUUACUAUUGGAGGAUACGGUGACCUUAGUCAAGCAAUUUAUUUAUUCAAGAAUGAAUCCUGGAAUCGAUUAGGGAAUUUGAGUACCUAUCAUUACUUUGGGUCCGUGAUUAAUUUCAAUGAUGAAAUUUACGCACUUGGAGCAUAUGCAAUUGAAAAAUUUACGGUGGAUACGACUAACGGAACCAUGAGCUCAUCUACAAUUUUCUACGACUAUCCCCCUGCUCUUGAAUACGAAAUUUAUUCUCCUCUGGUUAUAAGAAAAUCUGAUUCUGAAAGACAAAAAGAGCUUUUGAUCUGA